GGGGGUCUCCCCUGUUUGGAACAUCGAGGAAAGAGAAAAAGCUCCAAGGGAAAGUCUGGAGUUCAUGAGGGAUUGGCUCACGGCAUACCAGCAAAACUGAACCUCUGGAAUUUGUAGUCGUCAGGUCAUGGUGUUGACCAUGGCUUCUCAAGAUGCCCAGAACUUCUUCCAGCCUCUUUCUUCUUGGAUGUCACGGAUAUAUGAAGCUGUUCAGCAAGUUGGAGAUACCUUGUCUGCUUCCUUGCUUAAUUUAAGUAAGCAGAACCCUCAGUUAAAUGGUGAGCUGGACCCAGAGAUGAAUGAUGGUGAUGUUCAGGAGAGUGAUUUGGAAGACGGAGAAAAACAAGACUAUGCUCAGAGCCAGAGUGACAUGGAAUCCGUAUUGCUUGAAACUAACCAAUUCCCUAUGGGAAAUUAUAAUACUGAUCUCUGGGACCUGAAACAAAGCCCCCUGGGGGACUCUGGUUUCAUAGCAUCCCAACAGCCCCAUCCUAGCUGUGAUAACCCAAAGCAGCCACCGAGGCUUUCUCCUGUUCUUGAGGAAGACAGCCAUCUUGAACAGCUGAAGCAGAAUCUUCAACAUGGCUUUGAGAACCGGGCUUCUGGAUCUUUAGAAAACAUUAGUGGAGAAGAGCAAGUUAACAGUUAUGGAGAAGAUGAAGAGCUGUCCACAUCUUCUGACAGUGAUGAGGAGAUGAUCAAACAAUUUGAGAUCUCUGUAUCCCGCUCACAAAGCUUCCGUUCAGGAGUGCCUGAAAAAGGAACACAAGCAAGUUCAGUGAGGAAGCCAAAAUUCAACCAUUUACAGUCCCGACAUGAAGAGAAUAGUACAGAAGCAUCUGAAUGUGAAGAUUUAGACUUGGAUGGAUUAAGUCAACCAAGCUACCUAGAUAAUAUCUCUUAUGGUGAAGAUGAUCAUAUUUCUGUGGAUUCAAGGAUUGCAUCUAAGAGUAGAGAUGUUGGAAAGCAAAGAGCCAGUAGACAUGAAGCCAUCUUGACUCAUAGCCUUGGUGUGCAAGCCACAGGAAGAAGCCUGGAGAUAGAGGCAUCCUUUAGCAACCCAGGCUUUGAAGAACCUUAUUCCACUGACACUUCUUCAGCCUGGAUCCCAGAGGAGCACGAUGGACUCAAUGUUGCUCACUUCCCUCCCAAUGCCUGUGAACCCAUCUCAAAGUGUGGGGACUUAGAUGUUAUCUUUGAAUAUAAUCUUUCCAGCCAAAAGCUCGCAGUGACCAUCGUAAAGGCCCAGAACAUUCCAGAUAAAGAUCGAAGCGGUGCCAAUGCGUGGCAAGUUCACACUGUACUGCUUCCCAGAAAGAAGCAAAGGGAUAAGACUAGUGUUCAAAGAGGGCCCACACCAAUCUUCAAAGAGAAAGUAUUCUUUAGUAAACUGGAGCCUGAAGAUUUGGGGGGCUAUGCAGUCAGAUUCCGUCUAUAUGCUGUACUCAAGAUGAACCGAGAGAAGAUGAUGGGAGAAAAGCUGUUUCACCUCAGCCAGUUGCGCCAAGAGGGGAAAAUGAAAGUGACUUUGGUUUUGGAGCCAAGGAGUAAUAUGAGUAGUGGAGAGUCUCAGCUCAGCCUGUCUGCGGUUUCUCACAGUGGUAGUGCUUCAUCCACACAGUCUUUGUCUCAUGGAGGGGUGCCAGAGCUCUUGGUGGGGUUGUCAUAUAAUGCCACAACGGGACGAUUAUCUGUAGAAAUUAUCAAAGGCAGCCAUUUCCGAAACCUUGCUAUUAACAGACCUCCUGAUACUUAUGGGAAACUCUUUCUUCUCAACUCCGUGGGUCACGAGAUGUCCCGUUGUAAGACAUCCAUUAGAAGAGGGCAGCCAAAUCCCAUUUACAAGGAAACGUUUGUUUUCCAGGUAGCCCUCUUUCAGCUCUCUGAUGUCACUUUGAUGAUCUCAAUUUAUAGUCGACGUACUAUGAAGCGCAAAGAAAUGGUUGGAUGGAUUUCACUGGGUCAGAACAGCAGUGGAGAGGAGGAACGAGAGCAUUGGCGAGAAAUGAAGGAAACCAAGGGCCAGCAGAUCUGCAGGUGGCAUACCUUACUAGAAUCCUGAUCAUUUGCACCAACAUUCACAUGUCUCAUUUUCCAGAUCACUGCUUUUGCCAGAUACCUAUUCAACACACAAUUUAGAAGGCUUUUCUAAGAUAACUUGUCCUCCUUUGAGUUUGUAAAUGGAGGCCUUGAACUUUUAUUUUUAAGGUUUUUAUGCUGGGUUUCUUACCUGAACAAUUAGUAGAAAUGAGAAAAUCAAGAAGAUGGAAAAAUCUAUUUAAACAUUGAUGCUAUCACGGCCAUUUUGAAUUAUCUCCAUCUGAUGCACUUCAAGAUUAAAUCUGAAUCAAUUACAUGCAAUUCUGUAUGUGUUGUCUAUAUCAGUGUUGCGACCUAAGCUCUCUUUAAUGAUACUAUUUCCAAUCCCUAGAACAGCUUACAUAUAGGGGGGGCUCAAUAAAUACUUAUUCUUUUGAUUUAAUUGCUUCUUGAAAAUGUAUAUUUGACAACAUUUAUGAAUGAAUUGUACUUUCAGGUCGCAUGGGCAGGCCCUACAGUAUUUCUGCAAACAUUUGAAGUGCCUAUGAUUAUCAUAAUUCAGCUGAAUUGGCAUUGAUAACCUUUACUGAUCAUAUAUACUUAGAUUUCUUGAUAGGUAUAUGUCAUGGACUGCAGAUUGUUUCAUUAGGUUAUUAGCAUGAAUGUUGGUUAAAGUCUAUUUUAAAUAUUUUCUUAGUGCAUGUUUAUGUUCCUUCAGUGUCCAAGGUUUUGAUUCCUAUGACUGUAAAUUGACAAAAAGAAAAACAAAAGAAGGCUGUGCUUGUACCUAAAUUGUAAUUAUUCCAGCUGUUUCAUUUGAGCUUAUGUUUCAUUGUAGACUUUUCCCUGUCUUUGGGGUGAUAUCUAGUGAAGGCUUGAGAUACUAAAAAUGAAAAUAAAAUCCUUUUCAAUUUCAUAU